UCUCUCUGGGCUCGUGUUUUUAUAUAUUUUGGCCUUCAAAAUUUGGUUGAUCGUGUGUUGAUUGAUCGGCGUGUGUUGCUAACGAGCGAGGUGGUGGAUGGCGGAGAUUUGCUGCGGUUUGGUGAACGAGAGCGAGGCGUCGCCGCCGUGCGAGUCGAGCUCUCGGUCGGCUAGGAGGAGGAGGCUGGAGAUCAGGAGGAUUAAGUUCGUUCCCGGAGUUACUCCGUUGGAGGCCGAGAACGGAGUGAAGCGUCCUCGGUUUGAGCUGUGUUCCGCGGGCUCGAUUCCGCGGUUGUGCGAUAACGCGGUGGAUAGUUGCGACGGCUCCGAGGCUGAAGUGGCGGUUGAGAGUGGACACAGGAAAAUUCUUUUGCCGGCCGGGCUUCCGAAAUACGGCAUGGCUUCUGUCUGUGGACGGAGGCGGGACAUGGAAGAUGCGGUUGCGGUUCAUCCGUGGUUUUGCCGCAUGGAUCGGGAAAAUAACAACGAAUUGCACUACUUCGCAGUGUACGACGGCCAUGGAUGCUCUCAUGUAGCGAUGAAGUGUAAAGAGCGGUUACACGAGCUCGUGAAAGAAGAGCUGGAAAAGAAAGAAGCCAGCGCCGACUGGAAACAAGCGAUGGAGCAGAGCUUCAGUCGCAUGGACAAGGAGGCGAUUGCCUGGAACGAGAGCGUCGUUCGCGGCAGUUGCCGGUGCGAGCUUCAAACGCCGGAGUGCGACGCCGUUGGAUCGACCGCCGUCGUCGCAAUUGUAACUCCAGACAAAAUAAUCGUCGCCAAUUGCGGCGAUUCCAGGGCCGUCCUUUGCCGGAACGGCAAGGCCAUUCCCCUCUCUAACGAUCACAAGCCGGAUCGCCCCGAUGAGUUGAACCGGAUCCAGGAAGCAGGGGGGCGGGUCAUAUACUGGGAAGGUCCUAGGGUUCUCGGAGUUCUAUCCAUGUCGAGAGCUAUAGGCGAUAACUAUUUGAAGCCGUACGUGAUAUGUGAGCCGGAGGUGACAAUCACCGACCGUACACCGGAAGAUGACUGUUUAAUUCUGGGGAGCGACGGGCUCUGGGACGUGGUGUCCAACGACACUGCAUGCGGAGUGGCACGGAUGUGCCUGAACGGGAAGAGGCGGCGGCCUAGCUCGCCGGAGAAGGACGUCGGGGUAGAUAAUUCCGACAAGGUCUGCUCCGAUGCGUCGAUGCUAUUGACGAAAUUGGCCCUGGCGAGGCGGAGCUCCGACAACGUGAGUGUAGUCGUGGUGGAUUUGAAAAAGGCCACGUAAACCCGCGGCUACGUCAUAUCAUUUCCUUAUUAGAUCAUAUCCUUCUUCUAAUGUCUAAUGAAAUCUUGUAAUCCAUCCCGUGUCGUCUGAUCUAAUCUGAUACUGUUAAUUAUUAAUUAAUUAUUAAGGUUGAUUAGAGUGUCAUAGGUUGAAAUCUUCCGAUUUUGAAUAUUUUCGAAACAAAGAUUUGGAUUUGGAUUUGAA